AUGAUGGUUCUUCUGUAUUCUCUCCUAUUAAUAAUAAGCUAUACAACAGCUGAGAAUGCUGAAGCCAUUACCACAUCUUCUGCAACAUUAACAAAAGACAGUUCCCAAUCGCCACUUGUAAAAAUAACUGACGGUGUUAGUAAAGCCUGGAAUGAAGUCAAAACUGAAAUAAAAUCCGCGUAUGAUUCAGCUUCAGCAGCUAUACAGGAUAUAGGAAAACGUGAUGGACAACCAGAUAAUCAAAGCUCUAUUGAUGCUGCCAAACAAAAUGAACUCAACAUGAGAAGCACAGUAGGUAUGGUUGAAGCACAUACAGCUGCUCCUACAAAUUCAACUGAGAAAGGAUUCCUUAAGAAAGUUGUGGAUAGUAUCAAGAAUAUAUUCUCGAAACAAUGA